UCAGCUGUUCUCUGGCGGGGAGAGGCAGGGCCCGCCCGCGCGCUCGCGCACCCCCUUCCCAGGCUCCAGGACAAUGAGGUGUCGUGGCUCGGGGCCGGGCGGGGGCCAAGGGGUUCGCCGAGGCCCAGCCUGUGCCAUGGAUCGGCCCAGUGAGAACCAUCCGAAGGUCCCUGCCAGCGCCGGGCGCGGGCGACGGGUCGCUCUGCAAACUCCCAAGAAGUCUUCGCGUUCAAGUGACUCUUGAAAUCGAUGCCCGACUUCGGGACAUAUUUUUGGAAACCCAAGUCCCCUGUCAGGAUUCCACCGAGUGGGCUUUUGCUUCCUUCACAGAUAGAACUGGUGCGCGGGGAGCGAAGGCCGAGCGGCGCUGACCCUGCGGUGGUGGAUUGCUUGGGGAGGGGACCGGGAAGUCGCUCCUAGAAAUUCUCCCCUCCAUCCUAGAGCUUCGGGGUCAGAAUUUCUCCUGCUCAGCUCGGGACUUUUUACAGGCACCAAAAGUUAUUAGCAACAGAGGGUAGUAGGAGAGGGAACUCCUCCCCCCAGAGUAAGGUAGACACCCAGACCUCAGCGCUAACACCGGGGCUUUCUCCCAACGAUAAUUAAUAGUCAAGGCCAACCCUUUUGGCACGUUUCUUCCUCCCUCCCUCGCGGGUGGCAGAGUUAUCUGAUUCCCCGAGGCCAGAAACUUUCACUCGAGUUCGCCGGAGAGAGGCCAGCGCCGGCCGUUUUCCGCGGUGCCCACACGUCUCCUUUUUCUUUCUUUCCUCCUCUUCGUCGUCUUCCCAGCCGCAGGCCAGUCGCCAGUCCGCGUAGUUUUGUUUCCUUUCCAUCAUGCAGAAAAUUAAUCAGCCCGGACGAGAAGCAGAGAGGAGCAUGGCGGCCUGUAAUUAAGGGACGUGUGCCCCUCGGAUUAUCUCGUUAGUUUAUCAAGAAAACAUUUAUUAUAAUUAAUUCUCGGACGAGUUCCACUGCUCCAAACCCACCCACCAAGGACUCUGAACCUGUCCACCCCGGGCGCAUCAAGAUCUUCCAGCUGGGUACCCCCGAUUUGGGCCGACUUUGCACCUCCAAACAACCUUAGCAUGAUGUCUUAUCUUAAGCAACCGCCUUACGCAGUCAAUGGGUUGAGUCUGACCACUUCGGGUAUGGACUUGCUGCACCCCUCCGUGGGCUACCCGGCCACCCCCCGGAAACAGCGCCGGGAGAGGACGACGUUCACUCGGGCGCAGCUAGAUGUGCUGGAAGCACUGUUUGCCAAGACCCGGUACCCAGACAUCUUCAUGCGAGAGGAGGUGGCACUGAAAAUCAACUUGCCCGAGUCGAGGGUGCAGGUAUGGUUUAAGAAUCGAAGAGCUAAAUGCCGCCAACAACAGCAACAACAGCAGAAUGGAGGUCAAAACAAAGUGAGACCUGCCAAAAAGAAGACAUCUCCAGCUCGGGAAGUGAGUUCAGAGAGUGGAACAAGUGGCCAAUUCACUCCCCCCUCUAGCACCUCAGUCCCGACCAUUGCCAGCAGCAGUGCUCCUGUGUCUAUCUGGAGCCCAGCUUCCAUCUCCCCACUGUCAGAUCCCUUGUCCACCUCCUCUUCCUGCAUGCAGAGGUCCUAUCCCAUGACCUAUACUCAGGCUUCAGGUUAUAGUCAAGGAUAUGCUGGCUCAACUUCCUACUUUGGGGGCAUGGACUGUGGAUCAUAUUUGACCCCUAUGCAUCACCAGCUUCCCGGACCAGGGGCCACACUCAGUCCCAUGGGUACCAAUGCAGUCACCAGCCAUCUCAAUCAGUCCCCAGCUUCUCUUUCCACCCAGGGAUAUGGAGCUUCAAGCUUGGGUUUUAACUCAACCACUGAUUGCUUGGAUUAUAAGGACCAAACUGCCUCCUGGAAGCUUAACUUCAAUGCUGACUGCUUGGAUUAUAAAGAUCAGACAUCCUCGUGGAAAUUCCAGGUUUUGUGAAGACCUGUAGAACCUCUUUUUGUGGGUGAUUUUUAAAUAUACUGGGCUGGACAUUCCAGUUUUAGCCAGGCAUUGGUUAAAAGAGUUAGAUGGGAUGAUGCUCAGACUCAUCUGAUCAAAGUUCCGAGAGGCAUAGAAGGAAAAACGAAGGGCCUUAGAGGGGCCUACAAACCAGCAACCCGAAAUGGACAAACCAAUCUGCUUAAGAUCCUGUCAUAGUUUUAGAUCAUUGGUUAUCCUGAUUUGCAAAGUGAUCAAAAGCAUUCUAGCCAUGUGCAACCAAACACCACCAAAAAUAAAAUCAAACAAAACUAAGUUGUGAAGGAAGGGAGGGAAGGUCAUAGCCUUCUUAAGCAGAGGUGUUCCAAUGUUUUAGCCAAUCCUUGGUUGAAUCUUAGGAAUGAACAGUGUCUCAAGCUCAUUCACGUUUCAUGACCAACUGGUAGUUGGCACUGAAAAAACUUUUCAGGGCUGUGUGAAUUGUGUGACUGAUUGUCCUAGAUGCACUACUUUAUUUAAAAAAUAAUGUUCAUAAGGAGUCAAUAUGUAGUUUAAGAGACAAUCAGUGUGUGUCUUAUAAAUGGUACAUCUGUGGUUUUUAAUCUGUGCUAGACUUCAAAACUGUGAUCUCCUGUUAUUGUAUGCAACCUUGAACUCCACCUCUGCAGGGGUUCUUCUGUGAUUAAAUAGGUUAUAAUUAUAAGCAAAAUUCAGAGCAACUGAGUACUGAUCUAAAAAGAUUACCUUUGGCUGGAGGUGAGCUGCACUGAAACUUUACGACAAAAUGUCUCUGGACAAGGAGAGUCAGAGAAGAGAAGCAAAAGGACACUAAUUCAUCUGUAAUUUACUGUUGGUAAGCCUAGCAGUAAAGAGACAUUGGUCAAUUGCUCUGACCCUGAUGAAUCAUUAAACUGAGAUCAUUGUCGUUUAUGCUUGCAGAUGUUAACUGGAAAAGUUAUAUAUGCAUAAACCUUUUCUUCCUGGAUUUGGCAGAUAUGUAUAAUUAUAUUAAAAUGGUUCUAGCACAACAUUGGGUCCAGUUUAAUUUUACACCACUAUUUAUGAAUAAGAAGCCUACAUUCAGCCUUUCCUCCCCAAAACACGUUUUUCUUAGGACAGAGAGUAAAUUAGCAAACUUAUUUUUCCUUUUUUUUUUUUUUUUUUUUUUUUUUGCUAAUCUACGCAUAAAAUAGAUAUGAAUGACAGUGGUAGGUAGACUUUUUGUGACUUUCAUCAGGAUUGCUCUGAAAUUGAGUUUGGAGAGCCUAACAAUAAGAUCUUGUUUUCUUUGCUUUUCCCUCCCUACUUCAAACCUGAACGAUUUCUUAGGCACUUUAUUAGAAUGUUUUAAAAUAUAUCAAGUUUUUAAGAGGAAGGAGGAGAAUUGGAGUAUCUCUGAAAACAUGAGAAUGACAAGAAUUUCUUGUUUCUAUUCUCUUAUUUGGUUAAGGGGAUUUUUUUUUUUUAACUUCCAAAAAC